UAUUGAAGCAAUAAACUAAGGAUGUUUCAUUGCAUUGAUGUCACACACUUGAACUGGGAAAUACAUGUUUAUACUACAUACUGAGGUUCUAUGCUUGAUACCAGUUCAUAAACACAGAUCAGAUAAUUUAUACCUAUUCAAUUAAUAUCGCGCUUAUGUGGAUAUUACAUUAGUAAGCAUAUACCAAACUGAACUAUUUGCCUUGCCUGAUACCUAACCAAAUCUGUUAGCACCUUGAUUGGAAAAAUAUCUAUAUUCUGUGGUGGAAGAAGCUGUAAUCUAAAUGGGAAGAUAAAAAAAUUUAAAAUCUGCUGGUGACGGAAGUGUACAGUUGCCCAAAUGAUUCGUGACCAUGCUAUGUUUAUGUACCUGAAUUCUCUAUCACGUCUACAUCAACCUAACCAAUUGAUAGAUGUUUCAUCUCCACAUAUAUCAAAAUCAAUGGAGGAGUUGGGAGAAGGGGAUCAAGAUCUUCCACCUUUACCACCACUGCCACCCCCUCCAGUGUCGACGUCACAGUCACAGCCACAAAAUGACAACGGCGCCCAACAAAACAGUCUUCUACCAACAUCCUCCAGGGAUAAAAUGCACCAUUGUCCGACAUGCUUGAAGCCGUUCCGGAGUAAGCAGCAGUUAAGUCAGCAUGACUUGGUUCAUAAUGGUUUACGAAGGCACCAAUGCUCAUACUGUGAUAAAUGUUUUAAACAACUUUCACAUCUUCAACAACAUGUCAGAAUACAUACAGGAGAAAAACCUUACAGAUGUAACGUAGAAGGGUGUGAAAGAGCCUUCGCACAGUUAUCUAAUCUUCAACAUCAUUUACGAAACCAUGAUGAUCAAGUUAAAAAAGCAUCAACUAAGCAGUUUAAAUGUGUUAUUUGCCAUCGAUGUUAUACAAAUGAAAGCAGCUUGAAAUCACAUACUUUAAAAAUGCAUAUUCACAUAAAGCCUUUGGACCAACAGCAGGUUCAAGAUCUAGCCAAUCGUCAACGAAAAAGGAAACAAAAGAAUCCUUCAAUGUACAACGCGCCGACUAUGGUGCCCUUACGUAAUCGAGAGAAUGGUAAUCAAAAUGACUGUGUGAUCACUCGUAUUGACCAUAAUCUAGAUCUAAGACAGGUCAUGCGAGAGAGACAAUUGUCACAUAAUGCUCAACAAGUAAGAGAAAAUAUGUCUUUAACAGAAAGACAACAAAAUGGCCAGGUCCACAACAGCCUUUUUUCAAAUUCAACAGAUCAUACAGCAGAAGAUUUAAAUCUGAUAGAGAGAAGAGCACAAAGAGAACUACUGCUUCACGAGCCACUGGCAUCGGCCAGUCUACAAAUGUUUUCGAAUCAGUCCAUUUCUCGUCGCCCCAGCUCCACUAUCCCCACAUCCAUGGGUUCAUUAGGGGAAAGCUCUUUAGUGCAUCAGCAGUCGCGAGAUUUGUAUUCUCCUUUACCAUCACAUCACAUUGAUCAUCCUACUUCCCCUAGUCCUUAUCCUUCUCUAAAUCUAAAUGUAUCAAGUAAUCCUUAUCCUGCCCAUAUUAACCACAUUAAUCGCCAUCUUUCUCCUUCAACAUUAACUCCUGCUCAUCAGCACUACAGUGCAGAAAUUAACAAUUCGGCUAUGAGGUUGUCACAUCGGUUGCCUCACAUGAUGGUCAAUCCUAUGGCCUCUAAUCAUAUGACCUUACCAACUGCUCCUUCUAGAUUACUUGAUACAAUGCCUUUCUCUCCACUUGGGAAUUAGAUAAUGUUGUUAAUUAAUGAAUGAAAUGACUCAUUUCUUUGUUUUGGUUUGUUGGUUAUUAUUAUUGUAUAGUGUAAGUAAUUAAUUAUACAUAUGUUUUAUUAUAAAAAGGUAAAAACAAUUAGUUAUUACAUAGGUAUAAUAAUACAUUAUAAUAUAUAAUGUUUUUGUUAACUUAUAUGUUUGUUAUAUUCAUUCUUGUUGUGUAUCACCAUUUAGAGGAUUAUAUAAUAUUGAAGGGAGAUAACUUUUAAAACAGAAAUGAUAGAUUCAGUAUUCAAAAUGUAUAAAGCUAUCGUGUGUGUACGUACAGGUAUUUUUUUUUUUU